AUGCCCGCUUCUCCUUCCAAGCCUCCCAACAACUAUGACACCGCGACCAUCCGCCCCCGUGUCCGCCAGCGCUCCGUAUCCGUCACUGACAGACAACUCUACCCGCAGGCCAUCCGCAACGGACUGCGCCGUCCGAAGGCAUCGCCAUCCUCGGGCACCGCGCCUCGCCGAUCAUACGACUUCUAUGCAGGUCUCAAUGCUACACUCAGCAGGAUCCCCAAAGAGAUUCGUGACGACGUCUACGCAGGCGCGUUUGCAAAGACUAAAGGCGACCUAGGCGUUGCCGAACGCUACCUCAGCCGUGCCUUCGAGACCGCCCUCACCCUUCCCCCGUCCGCCUUUGGCGACAGACCCUACCUCCACUUCUGUGGCAUCGCCGCCUCCCUCGCCUCCGUGCAAGCCAUGCAAGGCGGUGCCGCCGCCCGACGCGCCAAACGCACGUGCGAGCGCACCUGGGCCGUCCUCGAGCCCGCCGACAGCCCAAACGCCACCGCCACCGCCACCGCCAACACCACUACUGACGGGUCCACAGUGAUAGCAGACCCCACCAGCGAUGCGAACAAGAUCGCACCCGAAUGGCGGACGUACGCUGCGAGCGACGCGGAGCGCAUGAAGCGCGUCGCGAUCGCGUGCAUGGUCGCCAAGCUCGUGGGCGAGCGCGCCGCGGGGAGCGAGCAGGAGAAGGAGGAGGAGCGAUGGCUGACGUGGGCGGUCGAGGAGACGCUGAGAGUGUGCAACGCGCUCGAUCCCGACUCGACUGUCGCCGCCGCCGCCGCGUCACCUGUGCCUGCGGGGCAGAGUCCAGCGACGGAGGUCCCCGCGUCGCUCAACGUGACGAUGGAGCACGACCCGGACCUGACGGCGCUCUUCCCGAUGAGCGAGUUCGCAGCGCCGUUCGAGGCGCUCGGCUCGUACUACGCCCGCAGUGGCAACGUCCAAUACGCAUUCUCCCUAUACCACCACGCCCUCGCCCUCCUCCUGCCCUCCACCGCCUCCGCCCCCGCCCCGCGCAUCUUCACAGACGUCCAGCGCACCCCCGCCGACACAUGCAACGCCGCGCAGAUCCUGAACAACAUCUCCGAGCUCGUCAUGCGCCAACACCCGCCGUCCCCAGAGGUGCGCGCCAUGGCCGAAAAAUGGGCGCGCAGCGCACACACCGUCGUCGAGCGCGGGCUGCACGCGCGCGGGAAGCCCGCGCCGCUCGUCACGUCUGGGUUUGUGCAGUAUGGCGGAGGGGGUGGCGGAGGGGAGGAGGAGAUGGAUAUGACGUGCGAGAGCGUGUUUGGCGUUGUGUUGUUCAAUCUGGCGACGAUGCGGGAGGAAAGCGCUGAUGACCGAAUUGCCGUAUUGCAGAUGGACGGCGACAAGAACGAAGCUCGCGCGUUCUACACGCGGAGCAUCGAGCAGUGCAACGCCGCUGGGAUGGACGAAGGCGUGUUCAAAGGCCAAGAAGCUCUGCGGAAGCUAGAACGGAGCUCGGUCACGCCGGACAAGAAAUAG